AUUCGAGUGCUGGUUCUGCAGAGCUGCGCCCCUCAUUAUGCAGUUCAGGUUCCAAAAAGGGACUGCUUCUGCUUCGAAAGGAAGCUUCUAAAGGUCUUCAAAGUGAAUGAGAGAAGGGUCAAUGCUUUUGCCCUGAGAAAAAUCAGUGUGCUUCAAGCUGUCAAGUUUGACCUGGACUGGAUCAGUUAUCCAGAGCUUCUGAAUACGGUGGUGGUGUGAGGAGUACAGGAGCCUUCCUUGUGGCUGGAGGAAGAACACAGCAGACCAUAUAACACCAGCGGCUGAGAGAGGCAUGCUUCCUUCCAGCAGUGAUUAAAACCAGGAAUGGAAUGCACCAUUAGCACUAUGGGGUGCAACGCUUCUGCAGAUUACAGUAAACACAAAUAUAAUGAAACAGCCAUAAAAGCUACUGUGUUAAUCCAGAGAUGGUACCGCUGUAAAAGAGCCCAGCUAGAGGUCCGUCGCCGCUAUUCUCUCACUAUCUUUGAGUCAAUCGAAUAUGCUGAUGAGCAAGAGCAAACACAGUUGUCCAACUUUUUCACAUUCAUGCUGGAGCACCGUGUUCAUCGUGGUGAAGUUGCUCACACUUCCAGUGGCUCCCAUGUUUCUCCUGAUGCAGACUCAUAUGUAAUUGAGUAUGAAAAGAUUGAUGUUCCAGACUCCUAUCGUGGACCACGACUCUCAUUUCCCCUUAAUAUUGCACAUGCUAAGGCUCUUCUUAAUGCGCUCAAGAAUCGACAGCUGCUUCAUCCCCGCUAUGUACUGCAGCUGUUACAUGAGACCAGGAGACUUCUCAAGGAGAAGCCAAAUAUCACCCAUGUUUCAGUUUCCUACUUCAAGGAGAUAACCAUCUGUGGAGACUUACAUGGAAAUCUGGAUGAUCUUUUACUGGUAUUCCAUAAGAAUGGUCUGCCUUCAGAAAUCAACCCUUAUGUCUUUAAUGGCGAUUUUGUUGACAGAGGAAAAAAUUCUAUGGAAAUACUUAUAAUCCUAUUUGUUUUUCUUCUUAUCUACCCGAAUGAUUUUCACUUGAACAGAGGAAACCAUGAAGACUACAUCUUAAACAUGAAAUAUGGCUUCACUAAAGAAGUUUUGAAGAAGUAUAAGGUCCAUGGCAUGACAAUUCUGUAUCAUCUGCGAGACAUUUUCAGCUGGCUUCCCCUUGCCACUUUAGUUAAUAACAAAGUGCUUAUAGUACAUGGAGGAAUUUCAGACACCACAGAUUUGGAUUCCCUGAAUUUACUUGAGAGAAAUAAGCUGAAAACAUUGAUGAAGCUACCAAAGUUAGAGACAGACAGAAAGAACCAAGUGAAAAUACAAGGCAUCCCACUGGGCUAUCCUGAGCUUUCCCAAUGGAGUUCACAUCCAGAGCUCACCGAGGAGGAACGGAAACAAGUCCUGGACAUUCUCUGGAGUGAUCCAAAAAAACAACAUGGCUGUAAUCUGAACCGGCGUCGAGGAGCAGGUUGUUGCUUUGGCCCUGACACUACUGAGCAGCUGCUUAAAAAGUAUAAUCUGAAGAUGCUAAUCAGGUCUCAUGAAUUUAAGCUGAACGGCUAUGACCUCACACAUGAUGGGAAGGUUAUCACUAUAUUUUCUGCUUCUAACUAUUAUGAAGAGGGGAGCAACCGGGGAGCAUACAUCCGAAUGAAUCCUGAUCUGGUUCCCCGUUUUGUACAGUACCAAGUCUGCACGAGCACAGGCAAACGGAAGAACUGGGAGAGGGUGAAAACAAUUGAACAGUCUGCUUUACAAACCUUACAAGAGAGGAUUUUUGUUCACAAGCAAAAACUCAUGGAUACCUUUGCAAAGUAUGACUGCAACAACACAGGCAGGAUUUCUGUCAGUGACUGGGCAGCAGUGAUGGAGUCAGUCUUACAACUCAAACUGCCCUGGAGGACACUGAAGUCUCGGUUAGUGAAGACAGAUCCAGAUGGAAACGUUGACUACAUGUCAUGUUUUUACUAUAUGGACACAGCUCGUCCUAUGCAUCAGGUUCAGCCAACUUUGGUGGAAACGCUGUGCAAAUACAGAAAGGAUCUGCAGGUGAUCUUCAACAUCAUAGAUGAAGAUGAGUCAGGUCUGAUUUCUCCUGAUGAGUUCCGCAAGACCUGGAAAAUCUUCAGUUCUUACCUGGGAAUUCAUUCACACGAUGAAGCCAUUGACAAGUUAGCCCAGAGCAUAGACUACAACAAAGAUGGCUAUAUUGACUUCAGUGAAUUUUUAGAGGCCUUUCAUGUGGUUCGCAAACUAGAGAACAAAGCAGCCUAGGGAAAGGGCAGAACUUCUUGGGGGUGUCACAAGAGCUCACCUUCCUGCUGUAGUCACAACAGCCUGGAAAAACAAUUUCCAGACUGACAAACAAUAAAUGUUAAGCAUUGUGGUCACUGUGUAAGCCUGUGUUUAAUCCCUUUAGGAUGAGGCACACCUUCUAGUGAGGAAACCAGAAGGGAUGACCACUACCACGUACAGUAUUGCUGUGUCACUGCCACAUCAGUGUCUUAUCCUCACCCUUGGUGUCAUCUCCUCCACCACCCUAAUCUGUCCAAGGUAGCACCUACAGUGCCAUGGGAAGAGAUGCUUUGGUAGGUUUGUCCCAGCAGCCCUAAGAGCUAAGAAAUAGCACCGAUGAUCACGGGAACAUUCCAGUCUCUCCUUGAGGAUAUAACAAGAAAAACAGGCUUCCUGUGGACCAUCCAGUUCAGGUGAGGAAAACAGGGAAGAACCAUCUCAUUAAAAUAAGCAGUUCUGCAUAUUUAAUCUUGCUCUUUGCACGAUGUAAUUCAAGCAUUCCACAUUACUACUUUUCCCUCUUUGAGGUUUACGGACCCAACUUAAAGGAAAGGUGUCCAUACCUGCCAUAGAUUUGUACUUAGCACUGGUUACUUUUGCUGCAGUUGUUAGGUUUGGGGGUUAUCAAGCAAUCCUAACUUGUCACCUUAAUCAGGGCUUAAGCCAAAGCAUGUUCACGUGACACGCAACAGAUCACAAAAUAAAGCUUGAGCUUUCAAAUAAUGUGUAAGUUUGUGGUCUAUUUCUUGCCUGUAUUUUGAUAACCUAUAUAGAACAGAGCACAACAGUUUGAAGAGUGGAGGAUUCAGAUGAAGGAUGCUAAUCUUGAGAGAAGAGGGAAGGCUGCAGUGCAGCACUUAGCAUACACUGCUUUUAGGGCUGCAGAGCUGCAGCACAAGAGGAACUGAGUCAUCCAACCAAAAGCAACACCCAGCAGCUGCUGCAGGCAGCCUGUGGCACCCUCACCCCCAGCAGUAGGGGAGAGUACAGGAGGGCAGAUAACUGCAAAGCACAUCAUGCCAGGAAGAAAACCACCAGAGUGCAAAAUGGGGAGCCAGGCACAGCCCAGUUAUGUGUACAGAUCCAGAUAAGGGUCUUUCAUCACUUUCAUCCCGAACUUUUCAUAUCCCACUGUGUUCUGCAGGGGCUAAUAAAUAACACUCAGCAGUGACAUUCCUCUGCAAAAGCCACACCCAGCCCUGCAAGUCCUGGCAGCUGUCACACUGCCAAGCACAAAGUACUUGUGGCAGCUGCACAUGGCAGGCUGAAAAAGCAGGGCUCAGGGGACCACCUCAGCUGCUGGAAGCCCUCCUUUCUGAGACAGGACAUGUCAGCCUACCUUCAUCUUCCUUCUGUAAACGAGGCCUGGAAUUUGGCCAUGUCAUCCUCCUCUCAGUCCCCUGGGAAGCCCGACAGCCAAACCCAUCACUGCCAAUUAGUGGUAGAGCUGUGACAGCUUUCACCUGGGGAGCACAGCCUCACCCCAGGCAGCACUGCUUUUGUGCUGUA